AUGACCACGGCCUCGCGUGUCUCGUCAGCUCGCACCUCGCCUCGCUCCCAACGAGGGGUCGGGUCUCUUCCGUCGCGUCGUAAGAUGGGUCAUGGCGAGCGCGAGGGCCAACAACAGCAGCAGCGGCCAAUGGCGAAUGGCCAUUCGCCCACGACCGGCCUGUCACCUAGUCUCCACGCAAACGUCGUUCACAUCAACGGCUAUCGGUUGAACCCUGCUGUCGCGGCAGUGCUUGGACACUUUUCCGAAGUCCGCUACGAGCUUCACCACGCCGAAUCGCAGGAGAACAAGGCGGCCAUCAUCACCAAGUUCCUGGACACUCUCCCUCCAUCUCUCGGGCAGGCUGCACGCCAUCAUGUCAUGCGCCAGCUCUCGCAUGGCGUUUCUGUUAACAUUGACGACUUGGUAAACUAUCUCGCAAAGCUUGAAAUGGCAUCCGCUCUGGCAACGCCUCGGCAAUCGCCGACGCCCAACAAUUCCAAGUCCCUCAAACUCUCUCCCUCCAAACGGCACAUGCCGCCAAUAUCCGCAGAGCGCGAGUCGUCCGACUACAUUGAUUUUGCACCGUCACGGCCCAAUGUCAGCAACCUCCUGCUCGACGACGAUGCCAAGGCCAUCCGCGCCAACGGCGACAUGUCGCCGACUCAGUAA